AUGUAUUCAUUGGGACUAGGUUCUAAAGAAAAUAAUAAACUUGAAUUGCAAAAUAAUGAAACUGAAAGUAGUAAAACUGAAUUGCGAAAUGAAACAGAAGUUAGUAAUAAUAAUGAGGAUGAUGAUUGCUAUGAUGAUUACUGUAAUGAUAAUAAUUAUUACAAUGAUGAUGAUAGUAGAAAUGUAAAUGAGGACAAUAAUUAUUACAAUUAUGAUGAUGAUAUUAGAAAUGUGAAUGAGGAUGCAGUAGAAGAAGAUUAUGAUUUGGAAUAUCUUGACAGUGCCGAUAGUCAUGAGGAAGAUGCAAUAGCUGAUUCAUCAAUGAGUAGUGAUCAGUUGCCAAAUAUAAAUAGAUGUUUUGCUCCUUAA